AUGGAUGGAUGGAUAACGGUGAGUGAGCGAGUAUGUGUGUAUGUGAGUGUGUGCAUAUGUGCAUGCAUGUGUGUAUGUGUAUGUAUAUAUUUGUUGGGAAGGGAUAUGGCAUCUACACGAAGACGCCAAUUGGGUGCACUAGAUGGAGCGAUAGAAGGGCCAUAUUCACGAUGGAUGUCCCCCAAGGGAUGGGCGCUUGUGGAACGGAAGAGUUACUGCUGCGCUGUUGUUGCUCGUUGA